AUGUGCAACGUAGCGCUGGUCGUCGGCGCCGCAAGCAACCUCGGAUACCAAGUCUUAAAAAAACUCACAGAGACUCACAAAGGAAAAAUCUACUUCACUACAGAAGAUGACACAGCCGGCUUCAACAUCCUCAAGAGUCUGGAGAGGCCCGACAUCGAAAUCAGCUACUUGCAAAUGGACAUCACGUAUACAAAGAGCAUCGUCAGACUGAGGCACUACAUCCAGGAUCUAGACGAAAGGAUCGAUUUGCUGAUAAACCUCACCGAUUAUGUGGCAGAGAAGAAUUUAUCGAAUUUCGAAAAAAUCCGACGAACUUUAAGCGUUAACUUCUACGGAUACAUAAACUUUGGGAAACUUGUGUACCUGCUACUGAACGAAGACGCUAGAGUCGUAAACGUGUCCGGGCCAGCCGGUCUUCUAGCCACAAUCGAAAACGAAGAUAUAAGAAAGAGAAUCAGCGAUCCCACAUUGACAGAAGAUGAACUGGUCGCUUUAAUCCAAGAAUACGAACACGCCGCAAGAAGGGGAAUAGAGAAGACCGAAGGUUGGGGCAUGAAUGUGCAUGCCGUGAGCAAAGUCGCAUUAAACGCUGUAACCUUUCUACAGCACAGGGAAUGGGCUGAUAAAGGGAUUAUAAUCAACUGUGUAAACCCUGGAAGCUUGAGCGGUCGUGACGGAAGAAGGACUACUAAGAUAUACGAGGAGGGAGCCAAGGCCAUACUGUAUCUAGCUCUAGAAGCACCGUUAAGCUUAAAAGGGAAUUUCGUUUGGAGCAAUUAUUCGGUGAUUGAGUGGAAUUCGGAUCCGUACGUGGAAGUUACGACAGUAUGA